AUGACUCCCCCACCGGCGUCUCCUUCUUCUCCGGCAAUCAUCUUCUUCUUCGAUACUGAAAAACAUCGACCCAUGAUGGCAGCGAAAGCCACCACGUCACUUCCACAUCGAGGCUCAAGACAAAAAGGAGGGAGAGAUGCAUUUGUUUCCCAAGGGUUUGAUACUUGGAAUAAAAAAGAUGAAUUUCGGACUCAUGUGGGUGGUGUUGAUAGUUUUCACAACAAAGCAAGAGAAAAGUGUGAGCUUCUAAUGAGGGAAAACAAACUUUUAUUGAAAAACGGUUUACCAUUUUGUGGUCAUGACGAGUCGGUUAACUCGGAAAAUAAAGAGCUUUACAUUGAAGUGUUAAAAGCCAUUCGAGAGACUAGUGAAGAUAUUUUCAACAAUACUUUAGAAAAUGCUCCUAAAAACAAUCAACUAAUUUCCCCUAAAAUUCAAAAAGAACUUGUGCAAUGUUUUGCACAAGAAGUACUUUUGAGUAUUCGUGAAGAGAUUGGUCAAGAUGUUUUUGCUUUACUAGUUGAUGAAUCUAAUGAUGUUUCAAAAAAGGAACAAAUGGCUAUUGUUUUGUGUUAUGUCGAUAGUCUUAGCUUUGUGAAAGAAAGAUUCAUAGGACUAGUGCACGUGAAGGAUACAUCCUCUUUGACACUCAAAAACGCCAUAAAUGAAGUACUUACAAGUAAUAAGUUGAGUUUUAGUCGGAUAAGAGGACAAGGUUACGAUGGGGCUAGCAAUAUGCGAGGGGAAUUCAAUGGUUUGAAAGCUUUGAUAUUACAAGAGAAUGAAACGACUUUUUAUGUACAUUGCUUUGCACACCAACUUCAAUUAGUAGUUGUGGCUGUAGCAAAGAAGCAUGAUGGUGUUAGUGACUUUUUUGAGCAAAUAUCGUUGGUGGUUAAUGUUUGUGCCUCGUGUAAAAGAAAAGACUUACUUCAAGAGCAAGCAAGAGAAAGGGUGCAAAAAGGCUUGUGUAGUGGUGAACUUGAAACCGGAAGAUGUUUUAGAUUUUGUGAAAGGGGGGGAGGGUCAUUGGCAAACCAUCAACAAGCAUCUAGAAUCUUAGCAUAUUUUAAAUCAUAUGAGCUCGUGUUUUACUUACAUAUGUUGUAUGCCAUUUUACACCUCACUGGUACAUUGUUAAAGCAGCUUCAAAGAAAAGAUCUACACAUUUUAGAAGCGGCUUCGAUGGUUAGAGGGACAACGGAGGCAUUGCAAUCUUUUAGAAACAUAGGGUUUGCUAGCAUUUUGCCAAAAGUAUCCUCUUUUUGUCAAACACAUAAAAUUGAUACUUUAGAUAUGGAAGAGUUGUAUAUUGGUGCGAGAAACCGUAGGACUAAAAAGACUAAUAGGUUUCCUUUUGAGGUUGAAAUCUUCAACACGGUGGUAGAUAUGCAACUUACAGAAUAUCGGGAUCGAUUUAGUGAAACAAGCACCCAAAUACUAGAAUACAUGGGUGCUUUGAGCCCUUGUGAUUCAUUUGCACAAUUUGACAAAUCAAAGUCAUUGAAGUUGGGUAAGUUAUACAAGUAUGACUCUGAUGAUUCAGAUAUGAUAGACCUUGAAAGACAACUUGAGAUAUUUUAUCACUCUUGCAUCAAAGAUGAGCGCUUCACUAGUUUGAAAGGAAUUUCCGACCUUUCUCGUUUGAUGGUUAGUACGGGGAAGCAUUGGUCUUAUCCUUUGGUUUAUAAGCUUUUAAAGUUGGAUUUGAUAUUACCAGUAGCGACCCCAAGUGUAGAAAGAUGUUUUUCAAAGAUGAAGCUCUUGAAGGCCGACUUGCGUAACAAAAUUGGCGAUGAAUUUUUAAACGACACAUUGUUUUUUAAUGUCGAGACCGAAACACUUGAGAAAGUUGAGAAUGAAAAAGUAAUGGAGCAGUUUCAAAAGAUGUCUGCACGAAGAGGACAAAUUUAA